UUUGAAAAAAUCGAUUUUGAUUGAUUGAUUGAUUCUAUUUUUUCAACCGAUUGAUUGGUUCAACCUCGUUGUUGGCGUUAAAAAAAAAAAAGUUCAUUUCGUCAUUUAUUGAAUUUCUAUUGUUACAAAACAACAGUAAUAACAAAACGAAUCAAAUCAAUAUACAAUGCAAACACCCGCCGUUGUUAAUUCAUCAUCGUCAUCAUCAUCAUCAUCAACAUCACCGAAAUCAUCAUCAUCAACAACAACAACAACAACAACAGCAACAUCAUGUAUGGGAGUAGUUGUAUGUCAAUUUGAUAAUAGUAAUAGAUCAAAACUGAUUAAAAAUGUAUCAACAACAACAACAACAACGCCAUCUCCUUUAAUGUUGAAAUCGAAUAAGAUACAGCAAUUAACACAACUAUUUGAUAAUAAUAACAGUAAUUUAAGAUCAUCUUCAUCUUCAUCAUCAAGAGGCUUUACAUCAAGUUUAUCGGAUUCAUCUUCAUCAUCUUCAACUGCAUCCUCUACAUCGGCCACGCCGACACCAUCACCAACAACACCUACACCUUUUCGUUCCAUUUCUUAUGAUUAUAAUAAUCAACAUCAUCAUGAUCAUGAUAAUAAAAUUCUAAGAAAUGGUUGUGGUGUUGAUGAUGAUGAUUAUAAAGACAAUACGAAUAUAUUUGAUGAAAAUUUAAAAAAUCUCGAAAAAUUGGCAACCAAUCAAAACCAUCGAACAGCAUCAACAAUAACGAAGACUACGACGACUAAAAUUGUGAAGCGGAAUUCUUCAGCACCAAAUGAAUCGACGAUCACAACGAAAACGAAUGAGCAACGAACAAGAAAAGUGAAUAUAAUUGCCACAACAGCAUUGGAUUCCACUGCAUUAGUAAAGGAAAAAAACCAGACAACGAAUGAUCAUGAUGAUGUUGAUAAGAAUAUCUUAAAUUCUGGCAAUACGAAUGAUGAAAAUAUAGGCGAUGAUGAUAAAAAUAGUGAAAAUAAAAAAUUGUCAACAACAACUACAACAAAACAGCAAUCAUCAAAUUCCGUACGUAUUGUACAUUGCAAUAAGUUAAAGAUUGGUAAAGAUCAUCAUCAAGAACAGCAACAUCAAUUAGAACAUCUAACUGAUAACGAUGAUGAUGAUGAUGAUGAUGAAAAUGUUGAUGUAAAUGAACGACGUCCAACAUUACCACGAAAACCAACAUUUUUACGUAAGAAAAAACAAUCAAAACCAAUAUCGACUGUCAACAUUAAUAAUAAUAAUAAUAAUGAUGAUGAAGAUGAAUUUAUACGAAAACAACAACAACAAUUGAUUAAUAAUCGACGACAUUAUUCAGCACCAACGAUCUCAUCAUUAGCAUCAUCAUCAUCAUCAUUAAUAUUAUCAUUGACAAAUAAUAAUAAUAAUAAUCAUAAUAAUCAACAGACGACAAAUAUUAAUAGGCCAACAUUACGACAGAUAUCAUCUGCAUCAAGAAAUAAUAAAAUUGCAGCAGCUAAACAUAGUUUUUUAUUUGGAACAACAACAACAAUACCAUCAUCAUCAUCAUCAUCAUCACAACAAUUCAAUGUAGAAAAGGAUUCGAUUGGCGGUAAGAUGUUGUAUAUAUGAUCUAUUUAUAUGUUGUUUGACAUCGAUUCUUUUUCGUAAAUGUGAAUGAAAAAUGCAAAUUUCUUUUCUUCUUUUUUUUCUGGUGACAAUUUCUUUUAAUUAUAACUGUUUCUUUUGAUUGUUCAGUUUUUUUCUGUUUCGCUUUUUUUGUGUUUCUGUUUUUUUUUUACUUUAUUGUU